AUGCAUGCUCUUGUUUUAGUUCCUUUAGGAAGAAAUCCUCCUGAUAUACAAGGGUUAGAAGUGGAACAUUGGGCAAACUCAACAAAAACGAUCUUAACCUGGAAUCAAAAUGAAAUCAACGAGUCACACGUUGACAUUGAAAUAUCUCAGUUUGAUUUCUUUGAGUUCCGUCUUCAUCCAGCUAGUUUAGCCAGCUUUAAACAUGUCCCUAACUCCGGGAGCUACUAUCUUGAUUUUAGCGAGGAAAAUAUUUCUUCGAGGUAAGUAGGCCUACUCAAAAUAAAGCGCGGUGUUAAAAAGCCAUUAUAUAGGACCAGUACUUAAUAUUAAUUCCAAUUUUUUAUGCAUGCACAAAACCUUUUAUCUAUAAUUUUGAUUUUAUUAACUUUUAACAGAUAUCUUAUUGAAUGGUUUAACAUAUAAUCCUGCCAAGUAUUGUACGAGAAAACGAGUAAAAUGCUCCUCCGAAUUAUAUGGCAAAUCAUUGUAGCCUAUAUGGCCACUGGAUUUUAGUUAUUAUUUGACAAACCUCAAGAACUUAUAACUAGAUUAAUUUCCUUGGGUUUUUUUAAGGAUUUGCAAGCAUUUAGCGCUCUAAACGGCAAAUAAUUUCAGAUGCAAUGGAAACAAAAAAUCAUGAAUAGGUUAUAGGAAGUUUCAUUGCAAUUGCAUGCAAUUUUCAUCUGCAACAAACAAGAAAGCUGCUAACGUUUUGACUACCGGUUGGGAGGUCCGAACUAAAAAUGUUUUCCAAGGCCAAAGGAAAAUAUAUUUUCAAUACGGACCGACUUAAAAAGUAAAUAACGUGUUUAUAUGUCCGUGUUUCAUAGUUCAUAGUUACAACGAAAUUCCAUUAAAACUUCACCAUCGAAAAGUACAUGCUUUGAGGUCAGUUGCGUAUGUUUUACUUUAGUCCAAGCAUGCCGACAAACGGCUAAAAUAUAAUUCGAUAAAACUGGAUAAGAAGCCUAUUGUUAAUUGUAAUGCAAUAGAGCUUUUCUGCAUAACAAGACAAUUGAAAGAAGGUAAUAAAAACUACAACUUUUAGUUGCCAAGAACAUUCUAUUCAUUACAACAUUUAGCCUAUUAUAAAAAAAUUGACUGAAUCCAAUUUUUAUGUCUAUUAACAUUUUUGUUCUAUUAAAAUGCUCAUAGGCCUAUAUUCGGCCACUGAAAAGCGAAAAAAUCACAAUUUAACUAAAUAAACUAUUAUAAACAGAUAAUCUAAAAGAAAUGUCUCCAUUAAAUUCUCCAUAAAAUUCAAGGCAUUUAAUCAUAGAACAAAUAAAAUUAUAAUUAAUAAUUCACCAAUUUAUUAUUUCUAUAAACAGGACAAGACGACGAAAGAGAAAUUCUAAUACAGUAUCAGAGAUCGCAAUUGUUGGCAUAACACCGUCGUUAUCCAGAGUAAAAAGGUUUGGCAUCAUUUCCAGAGUGGCAUUAUUUAGUGCAGUCUUUCUUGUUACUUGGUUGGUCGACAUCAAUCACCCCUGUGAGAAUUGGUAUCAAUCUCAAGAUGUUGGUAAAAUCGCAAGACUGCAAGGUAAUCCUAAGGAAAAGGAUUCAUUUUCUCUCCGAUUUUGGAAAGCCUCCACAAAAAUCCAAGCCCAUUAA